AUGAAACAACCCACAGAAGGAUGGGUACAAUUAUCUAAAGAAAAAUUCUAUCAAAAGAUUGAACUUUCUAUAAUGUUGUGGAAAGGUGUUGAGCUUUCUGGAUAUAUAUCAGCAGGUGCUUUAUACGGAGGUGCUAUAGCAUUAGUUAGGGAUGAUAGAGUUAUUCACAAAUAUUUGGGGCCUGAUAAUACAAAAUCAAACAUUCGAAUUUAUAAUUCAUAUGGAGCAUUUAUUCGUGAAAUACAUUGGGAUAUAGGAAAAAUUAGAGGAUUAGGAUGGUCAGAUUCAGAAAGAUUAAUAGUUGUUACAGAAGACGGAAUAGUCAGAAAUUAUAAUAUUCAGGGUGAAUUUACACAGUUUUCACUUGGAAAAGAAAUAAAUGAACAUCUAGUUAUAAAUUGUCAAUUUUGGGGUACUGGAUUUGUAGCUUUAUUAGAAAACAAUACAUUCAUUGCUGUUAAUUCUUAUGACGAACCACGUCCCAGAGUACUCUGUAGUCCAGAAUUCGAAGAUAUAAUACAUAGCUGGACAAUUAUUGCUCCUCAAUUUUCUUCCAAUCUUCAUGUAGAAGUUCUUGUAUCAACUAAGUCAACUAUAUAUAUUAUAGAUGAAGCUGAAAAUACGGACCAAUGCUUACAACAAGGUCCUUUUCUGGAUAUGAGUGUAUCACCAAAUGGUCAAUUUCUUGCAUUACACACAUUUCAAAAUAAAAUAUGGGUUAUAUCAACAGGUUUCCAAAGAAGUAUGUCCGAGUUUACUCUUACUGAACAUGAAAAACCUUUAAAAAUGGGAUGGUGCGGAAACGAUUCUGUUAUCAUACUUUACAAUACUAUAAUUCUCAUGAUAGGCCCAUUUGGGGGAUUUUUAAGUUUUCCAUAUAAUGGCCCAGCUUUAUUAAUUUCUGAAAUAGAUGGCGUUCGUAUAAUUACUAGUGAUAAAUGUGAAUUCCUACAGAAAGUUCCAGACGAUCUUAAAAAUGUAUAUAAAACAGAAGAAAAUUCAUAUGGUGCUAUUUUAUUAAAAUCUAUUCAAUAUUUUGAUCAAGAAUCGUCAAAAAUAGAUGAAAACAUACAAUCUAUUAAACCAUAUUUAGCAGAAGCGGUAGACCAAUGUAUAAAAGCAGCUGGCUAUGAAUUUGACCCUUUUUGGCAAAAACGAUUAUUAAAAGCAGCAUCAUUUGGAAAAAGCUAUCUUAAUUUUUAUAAUCCAGAAGAAUUUGUAGAAAUGUGUGAAAUAUUAAGAGUUUUGAACUCAAUGCGUUUUUAUGAUGUUGGGAUACCAUUGACUUUUAAAGAAUAUUUUCAUUUAACACCAGAAGGCUUAAUAGAACGUCUUAUAACUCGCCAAAAACAUUUCCUUGCUUUAAAAAUAUGUGAAUAUUUACGAUUACCAUCUGAUAAAAUAUAUACUCAUUGGGCUUGCAUGAAAAUAAAACAUUCUGUUGACGAUGAAGAAACUAUUUAUAGAGUAAUAAUUGAGAAACUUAUUUUAAAAAAAGGCGUAUCUUUUGAAGAAAUAGCUAGAACUGCAUGCGACGAAGGAAAACAGAAGCUUGCUGUUAAACUUCUUGAUUAUACAUUAAAGGCAAGUAAUAAAAUACAUCUUUUACUUAGUAUUAGGGAAAAUGAAACAGCUUUGAUUAAAGCAAUAGAAAGUGGAGAUGUAGAUCUUGUAUUAUAUGUUAUAUUAUAUUUGAAGGAUAAACUUCCGCUCGCUCAUUUUUUCCAAAUUAUUCGAGACAAAGCAGUAGCAGUUUCUAUAUUAGAAACAUAUGCAAAAGAGCAUGAUUCCGAGCUUUUAAAAGACUUCUAUUACCAAGAUGAUCGUAGAUCUGAUGGUGCUAAUGUAAUUCUUCUUGAAAGUCUUAGAACAUCUAAUAUAGAUCUUAAAAUAGAAAAAUUAAAAUUAUCAGUAGGACUUUAUAAAGAAUAUAAAGAUUUUUCAUUUGAAAUAAAAAACCUUGAAGAACAUAUUACAUUACUUGAAUUGCAACAAACAUAUGAGAAAGAAUUUCAUGAACUAUUUAUCGGCUUAUCGAUUAAUGAAACCGUUUUUAAACUAAUAAAAAUAAAUCAGAUGACAGCUGCUUUAAAAAUAAAAUCAGACUUCAAAAUACCCAUCAAAAGAUUUUGGUGGCUUAAAUUACGUGCAUUAGUUGCCAUUAGAGAUUGGACACAGUUAGAGGAUUGGGCUAAUAAGUCCAAAAAGUCUCCUAUUGGAUAUGAACCGUUUGUAUCAGAAUGUCUUGCUGCAGGAAAUAAAAAAAUGGCAGCCAAUUUUAUCCCUAAAUGUUCUGAAAUAACACCAACUUUUCGUGCUGAAUUAUGGGCAAAAGCAGGUGAUUGGAUAUCAGCAGGAAGUGAAGCUUUAAAAUAUAAAAAUUUAAAAUUAUUCGAAGAUCUUAAAUCAAAAGCUCCAUUAAAUAUAAUAAAAGAAUUAGAAAAACUAACAUUGAGUUCAGCUAGUUCAUCUAAAUAA